UAGAAAGGAUCGAGGAUUAUGAAACUUUUGACAAAUUAAAUUAAACAAGAUAUGAUAAGAUUAACAUGAAGGUUCUGGAAAAUUUGAAAAAUCAAUAAUUAAUGUCAUGUACGUUCUACAAUUUAUUACAGUCACAUGCAAGUGAACUACGUAAGUGUUUUUACCAAAGCUUGAAGAUGUCUUCUAGCGCCCCUUUCUAUAACACCGUUUUAAAUUUAACAAAACAAGCUGGAAAGUUAAUUAGAGAGAGAAUUUCGCAGCUUAAUAAAAACGUCGAAACAAAAUCAUGUGAAAUUGAUUUUGUGACUGAAACUGAUCAGGAAGUAGAAAAAUUAUUAAUUGACGGUUUGAAGCAAGCAUUUCCUGACCAUCAAUUUAUCGGUGAAGAGUCGGUUUCAUCAGGUGAGCAAUGCAACUUGACUGAAAUUCCGACAUGGAUAAUAGAUCCUGUGGAUGGUACCAUGAACUUUGUCCAUGGAUUUCCACAUUCUUGUAUCUCCAUUGCUCUUUUUAUCGACCGACAACCGGAAAUAGGAAUAAUUUAUAACCCUAUGUUAGAGCAACUGUUUACUGCUCGAAAAGGUGAAGGGGCAUUUUUAAAUGGAAAACCGAUAAAAGUUUCACAACAGCAAAACCUUUCUAAUUCACUUGUUAUGCUAGAAAACGGUACCAGUCGUGAUUCUGAAAAAUUGAAGAUUAUACUGGAAAAUCAGAAUAUUCUCUUACCACAAGUACAUGGGACUAGAUCAUUGGGGUCAUGUGCAUUAAAUAUGGCAAUGGUAGCAAUGGGCGCCGCUGAUGCUUACUUUGAGUUUGGUAUUCAUAUUUGGGACAUUGCAGCAGGAGAACUGAUUAUUAAUGAAGCUGGAGGAGUUGUUGUGGACCCUGCAGGAGGGCCCAUUGAUCGUAUGUCACGGAGAAUGUUAUGUGCAGGCUCCAGCGCUUUAGCUGAGGAGAUAUCACAAAAGAUUGUACAAUAUUACCCACAACCAAGGGAUUAAAAAAUAGAGUACUUGAAAUGAAAAUAGUAGAAAAAUACAAAUAUCUCAGGAUUUAAAAACUAAACGGUAUUCAUGAUGAAGGAAAUUUUAAAAUACUUUUGAACCUUCUAUUAUGUUCUAAGAGAUUUUGAAAUUAUUUUUAAAUUUAUCCAAUGAAGGCACACUGUUGCAAGAGGGGGCUUCCUUAAGAAUUAUUUUUUCGAUUUUAAACGUUACAUUUAUUGUUUUUUAAGUCACUCUUAAUUAACUUAUCAGUAUUUAUUUCUGCUACCCCUUUAGCAAUGGUCUAUAAUGUGAAUAUCUAUUUCAGUUUUUAAAUUGACCCCAUAAUUACUAUCAAUCGUUGUAAGCCAUAAUUAUUUUACUUUUAUAUGUUUCUAUUGAUAUUACUAACAUGAAGUUUUUUAUUACUUUUUGAAGUAUUUAUUCAAUAUAAUAGGUACCUAAAAAUUAUUAUACUCUAAAUUUUGUUGCUUGAAUAAUACCGACGUUGGUUAAUAAAAAUGAAUGUUUAAGAGUU